UCGGUCCAGUGGGUCCCAUUCUUUCUUUGAUCCUUUCCCGUUGAACCGCGAUUUCUUGGAAAACCCACCCCUGCGACAUCAUGGCUGAAGUUCCUGAGCAGGAUAUCUUCUACGUGUGCGAAAAGACCCUGACUUCAGUGAAGGAGAAGCUGAAGAACGGCGAGGAGAUCACGCAAGAGCUGGUGAACGAGCUGACGUUGCCCGAGAAGGUGGAUGACAGCGAGAUGAUGAUCCCGGUGGACAUGCGCGGCGUGGGAGAGGAGUAUGACGAUGUGGAGCAAAUGCUCGAGAAGCUGGGGUGCAAAGGUACAGCUGAGGCCUUCGUGAAGGCCCACGACUACUUCGAGGCCCAGAAGGACAAGAUCCCAGAAGAGGAACGGCCACCGAAAAUGACGGCGGCUGAUUGGAAGAAGGUCCUGGACGAGGAGAAGUUCCUCGAAGAUGGGGAAGAAGAGUUGAUGGAUCUUGAAGGUGAAGAAGAGGAGCUGCUGGAGGACGAGGCCGAGGGAGCUGAAGAUGACGGCGAGGUGCAGGAGCCCGACGCCAAGAAGGCCAAGACAGAGUGAGCAAGAGACCAGUAGACCGGGCAUGGCGGCGUGGGGAUGUAGCCUGACACAGGGCUUUUCCGCUGGGAGCCACGAGACAGUGGACAGUCUCCUGAUAUACUGUACCUGGCCUUGACCAAAAGGUGCC